AUGACCCGUCGACCCCUUCGCGUCCUCUGUCUUCACGGAUGGCGCACCAACAGCCGCGUGCUCGAGUUCCAAACGUCUGCGCUGCGUCACGCGUUCGGCUCGUCAGCGGACUUUGUGUACGUCAACGCGCCGUGGACCGCUUCCGGUCCCGUCCCUGACGUCGUUCGUCUCUUCUUCGGCGACAGCGGUCCCUACUAUCAGUGGUGGGACGCCCAGACGCACUCCUCGGACAGCCAUAGCUAUAGCCACAGCUGCUGCGGUAGCAGUAACGCCACACGACUGCGUCGUUAUGACGGCUUCCAGCGCUCGCUCGACUGUCUGACGAGUCAGAUUGACGCGCUCGGCCCUUUCGAUGUCGUGCUCGGCUUCUCCCAAGGCGCAGCAAUGGCCACACUCCUGACAGCGCACUACCUCUCGCGAUCGCCGCCGUCGUCGUCGUCGUCGUCUUUCGAUUCGCUCGUGCCAUACAAAGUCUGUGUCCUCGUCGCGGGCUUCGAUCCCGAGACACCCGAGACGCUCGAGAUGCUGCUGGAUGGAGGUCGGGCGUCGGUAGAGGGCACGCUAGACGUCCCUUCAGUUCAUGUGGUGGGCACGACGGACACUGUUGUGACCGCUUUUAAGUCGCAGAAGCUGAUGCAGCGAUUCGCGAGCAGUGGACGCGUCCGAUUCGAGCACGACGGAGGCCACGAGUUCCCCUCGCGGGUCAAGUGCCGAAAACUGUACAGGGAUAUUGCAGAGCACGUGCUGUCGAUAACGGGUCAAGCGCAGACGUGA